CAGAGAGACAGCGCAUUCUUGAAUGCCACUGAGGCUCUCGUCGACCCGCUUCUUUGCACGCUCUAUCUCCGUCGUCUCGCCGCACAGGACAUUGGCCAUGUCUGCCUCCUCCCAGAAGAGCACCGCCGCCGCCAAUGGCGCCAGGCCAGCCUGCCGCUUCGCCGAGCCUGCCUCGCGCAUCGACUUUGAGUACAGCAAGGGCCCCGACGUCUGGUCCGUCUUCAACCCCAUCAACUUUCCCACGGCCGUCAACCUGGGCCAGGGCUUCAUGAACUGGGCGCCCUCGCCGUUUGUCAAGAAUGCCUUUAUCAAGGCGGCCGAGGAGCGCGUCGACGUCCACCACUACAGCCACCCAAAGGGGAGGCCCCGUCUGAGAAAGGCCGUGGCCGAGUACGUGGGCAAGAGCUUCCACAAGCCAGCGUCGGCCCAGGACGACGCCCCGCCGGCGCAGGGCCAGCUGCCGCAGGUGCGAAAGACGCAGGAGCCCCUCGACGUCGAGACAGAGGUCCAGAUCACGGCAGGUGCCAACGGCGGCAUCUACAGCGUCCUCACUGCCUUUCUCGAGGCUGGCGACGAGGUCAUCUUCUUUGAGCCCUUCUUUGACCAGUACGAGGCCGAGGUCAUGUACAACGGCGGUGUGCCCGUCUGUCUGCCCCUCAUCCCCCCGUCGUCGUCGUCGGCGACGUCGUCAUCAUCGGCGAGGAACCCAAGCUCAAACGAGUGGCAGAUUCCCUUUGACGAGCUGCGGGAAAAGUGCAAGAGCGGCAAGGUCAAGGUGCUCAUGGUCAACACGCCCCACAACCCCGUCGGAAAGGUCUUUACGCUCCAAGAGAUCCAGAAGCUUGCGGCGAUCGCCAUUGAGUUUGACCUCCUUGUCAUCGCCGACGAGGUCUACGACUGCUUGACGUUUGAUGGCCAGGAGCACCUCCGCAUUGCCAGCCUCGAGGGCAUGUGGGAGCGGACCAUCACCGUGGGCAGCGCCGGCAAGACUUUCUCCUGCACUGGCUGGCGAGUCGGUUGGUGCGUGGGUGCGCCCCACCUGAUCAAGGCCACGCUCGCCGCCCACGUCCGAAUCGUCUUUUGCUGCAACUCCACUGGCUCCGAGGCGGCGGCCAUUGGCCUCGAAGAAGCGCCCAACAACGGCUACUUUCCCAAGCAGAUCCAAGAGUACGCAGACCGCCGCGAGAUUCUCAUGAAGGCCCUCGACGGGCUCGGCAUGCCCUACAGCGUGCCCCACGGCGCCUACUUUAUCAUGGCCGACGCCUCGAGCCUGGAGCUGCCAGCGGACUUUGAGUACCCAGACUCGUUCAAGAACCAGCCUCGGGACUACAAGAUGGCCUACUUUCUCGCAAAGACGUGCGACGUCGUCUGCAUUCCCGCGACGGCCUUUAGCUCAAAGAAGAAUGCGCACCUGUAUGAAAACUAUCUCCGCUUCGCCUUUUGCAAGGACAACGAGAUCGAGGAGGCUGCCAAGCGGCUCGAAAAGAUCCGGCCGUUCCUCAAGCAGAAGAAGUGAAGAGGGGACAGCUAGAGUAGUAGUAGUAGUAAUGCGAUGAUGGAUGAUGAUUCUGAUUGUUGGAUGAGACAGUGAGGGGUCAGAUUCAAAAGAGGAC